AUGACACUUGGGGGUCGGGGAUUGGAGGUGGGAGCACUUGACAAUGGAGGCUUUGCCCAGAGGAGCGUGGUGCUGGCAGCGAUGGGGCCUGGAACUUCAGGAAGUGGGGUCAGGACAGUGACAGCUCCACGCUCAGCGCUGGGCUCCGGAGUCAGCCUGCAUGCCUAUGACAUAGGGGUCCUGGUCGUCUACUUUGUCUUUGUCAUUGGCGUGGGGAUCUGGGUGAGUAGGUUUGGGGCCUGGCGGGGGAGGCAGGCACAGGUUCUCACCUCUGGCUGGUCGUGGAGCUGGGGACCUAUUGGAGCCUCUCUGAUGUCCAGCAAUGUGGGCAGUGGCUUGUUCAUCGGCCUGGCUGGGACAGGAGCUGCCGGAGGCCUUGCUGUUGGGGGCUUCGAAUGGAAUAUGAGGAAACCAGGACCUGGAAAAGGCAGAGGGACUCAUCAGAGGUCACACAGCACUACAAUCAGGUCCCAGGCAACCUGGCUCCUUCUGGCCCUGGGCUGGAUCUUUGUCCCCGUGUACAUUGCUGCUGGUGUGGUCACAAUGCCACAGUACCUGAAGAAGCGAUUCGGGGGCCAGAGGAUCCAGGUGUACAUGUCUGUCCUGUCUCUCAUCCUCUACAUCUUCACCAAGAUUUCAACUGACAUCUUCUCUGGAGCCCUGUUCAUCCAGAUAGCCUUGGGCUGGAACCUAUACCUCUCCACAGUGAUGCUUCUGGUGGUGACAGCUGUCUACACCAUUGCAGGGGGUCUCACAGCCGUGAUCUACACAGAUGCUCUGCAGACGGUGAUCAUGGUGGGGGGCGCCCUGGUCCUCAUGUUUCUAGGCUUUCAGGAGGUGGGCUGGUACCCAGGCCUGGAGCAACGGUACAGACAGGCCAUCCCUAAUGCCACAGUCCCCAAUACCACCUGCCAUCUCCCCCGAUCUGAUGCCUUCCACAUGCUCCGGGACCCUGUGAACGGGGACAUUCCUUGGCCAGGCCUCAUUUUUGGGCUCACGGUGCUGGCCACCUGGUGCUGGUGCACGGACCAGGUCAUUGUGCAGAGGUCUCUGUCUGCCAAGAAUCUGUCCCACGCUAAGGGAGGCUCGGUGCUGGGGGGCUACCUGAAGAUCCUGCCCAUGUUCUUCAUCGUCAUGCCUGGCAUGAUCAGCCGGGCCCUGUACCCAGAUGAGGUGGGCUGUGUAGACCCUGACGUCUGCCAAAGCAUCUGCGGGGCCCGCGUGGGGUGUUCCAACAUCGCCUACCCCAAGCUGGUCGUAGCCCUCAUGCCUGUUGGUCUGCGGGGCCUGAUGAUCGCCGUGAUCCUGGCCGCCCUCAUGAGCUCACUCACCUCCAUCUUCAACAGCAGCAGCACCUUGUUUGCCAUCGACGUGUGGCAGCGCUUCCGGAAGAAGGCCACAGAGCAGGAGCUGAUGGUGGUGGGCAGACUGUUUGUGGUGUUCCUGGUUGUCAUCAGCAUCCUCUGGAUCCCCAUCAUCCAAAGCUCCAACAGCGGGCAGCUCUUCGACUACAUCCAGUCUGUCACCAGCUACCUGGCCCCGCCUAUCACUGCCCUCUUCCUGCUGGCCAUCUUCUGCAAGAGGGUCACAGAGCCUGGAGCCUUCUGGGGCCUCAUGUUUGGCCUGGCAGUGGGGCUUCUGCGCAUGAUCCUGGAGUUCUCAUACCCAGCCCCAGCCUGCGGGGAGGUGGACCGGAGGCCGGCCGUGCUGAAGGACUUCCACUACCUCUACUUUGCACUCCUGCUCUGUGGGCUCACUGCCAUCGUCAUCGUCACUGUCAGCCUCUGUACCACCCCCAUCCCUGAGGAGAAGCUCGCUCGCCUGACGUGGUGGACACGGAGCCAUCCCCACUCUGAGUUGGAGAAGGAGGCCCCGGAGGGCACACCAGGGACUUCAGAGAUGCCAUCUGGGGCAUGCCCUCCAGGAGGUGGAGAGACAGAGAACUCCAGCCAGGACCAAGACCAGCACAGAGGGAAACCGUAUUGUCUCAGUGGUGACCUUACCAUGGCCACCUGCCUUCUGGAGCAGAUAAGUCCCCAGCACCCAGCAUACAGUCUCAUGGUCCCCUUUGACCUUCGAAGACAGUGUCAGAGUGACAUCUGUAUAACAAUUUCAUUAAUAUUCAUCUCAUCCCUAGAUUGUAAGCUCCCCCACCGAAUCACCGUCAAAUACAGAGAUCACUGUGCCAGCCUCUGUGUUCAAGCUCUCCUCUUCCAGUUCACCCUGCACACUAUAGCAAGAAGGGUCUUUGUAAAAUGUGAAUCUCGUGUUGCCUGCCCCUGUAAGAUUCUCUACCGUGCUUCCCAGCCUAGCAGGAGGCCCUACAAAAACUGCUAG